UCUCGGUUGCGUCUCCUUUCCCUUCUCAGUCCGAGGCUCCGACGACGGGAUCCUGCCAGGAAGAUGUCUGACGGCUUUUCAUUGUCUGAUGCCCUGUCCGGGGGGGGCAGCAACCCGAACGCCAACCCGAACGCCAACCCAAAUGCCCAGCCAAACCCUUGGGGAAAUCAGCCCGGCACUUUCCCAGGUUAUCCCGGAGCGUUCCCCGGCCCAUAUCCUGGAGCACCCAGCGCAUACCCAGGGGCCCCCGGCGCAUACCCAGGGGCCCCCGGCGCGUAUCCUGGGGCCCCCGGCGCGUAUCCUGGGGCCCCCGGCGCAUACCCGGGGGCCCCACAAGCAGGUGGCGCAUACCCUGGAGGCCCACCCCAGCCAGGCGGAUUUCCCAGCGCACCUGGAGUGGUUCCACCAGGUGCCUCUGGCAUGUAUCCUGGCCCCGGACAGCCCCAAAGUGGCGGAGGAGCACAGCCGACCGCACCGCAGAUUGGACCAGGAUUCCCACCUUCCUCCGUUCCGUCCGGAGGGCCUUCCGACCCAUUGAAAGUUCCCUGUGACAUCCCACUGCCGGCAGGACUCCAACCUCGCACUUUAUUGACCAUUGUCGGGACGGUGAAUCAAAGGGCAAGCUGCAUUAAAGUGGACUUGAAGAAGGGCAAUGACAUCGCUCUCCACUUCAACCCCCGCUUCAAUGAAGAGGGGAGGAAAGUUAUUGUGUGCAACACCAUGCUUCAUAACACCUGGGGGAAGGAAGACCGGACAGCCCCCAGAUUCCCUUUCGAGGCUGGCAAACCUUUCAAGAUUCAGAUUCUGUGCGAAGCCGAUCACCUGAAGAUAGCAGUCAACGAUGCUCAUUUGAUGCAGUAUAACCACCGCAUCAAGGAGUUAAACCAGAUCAACAAGCUGUGUAUCAGUGGCGACAUCACCCUCACCAGUGUCACACCGACGACAAUCUAACCCAAGGUUGCAGCAACCUAAUACGCCAACUCUGCGUGCAUUAAAACAGCAGCUUUCAUUUUUCUAAAAAGACGUCUGGCUGGCUUCGCUUUGUAGGGCAAAGUUUAAUAAAAAAAAAAAAAACCA